AUGCAGGACGGGAAGGUGUUGUCUGAAAAUGUGAGGCGCUUGCGCUUUAUGUCAGCGCAGCAAAGCAGCAAACCAGCAGCAGCAGCAGCAGCAGCAGCAGCAGCAGCAAAGGGAAAGGGCUGGUUCGCCCCUGGCUGGGAGCAGGCAGAAGCAAUAUACGAGCAGCAGCAGCAGCAGCAGCAGCAAGAAGCCGCAGACGCAAACCCCCAGUACGAGCUCCUUCUCUUCAGGCGUUCGUUCGGGGGUUUUAACCCCUUCAUCGAAUCUCUCAAUAAAAAGCAAAUUAAAAAAGCUGCAGCAGCAGCAGCAAAAAGGGCGGAGAGAGACGAGGCUCUCAUGCUGCACAGAAGCAGACAGGCCCGGCAAACCCCUUUCUAG